CCAAUGGCAAUGAAGAAAUUUUCCAAGAUCUUGUCGCGGCGGCUAGGGCGAUCUGGUGGAGAUGAUCAUCACCGCUGGGACGCGGGACUGCAGUCAGGGCUAGAUUUCCACCAGCUUACAUCGAGGCGGUGGCGGAGCGGCGAUGAUGGCUUGGCACUGAAUGGCGAGAACCACAGCCGGAUAUUCACAAAAGAGGAUGCCGGACAGCUAUGUGAUGUUUGCGCGGCAAUCGACUUUCCGAGGCUGCUGGAUUGGAAGCCUGGGGAUGCAAGACCAUGGGACGAGAGGCGGAGGAGAAGGAGGCGGGAAGGGAACUUAUGCCCCUGGUGUGUCUUCUUUCACUCCAUGAUCACCACUGUACCGGAAGGAGAUGAAACCGGCGGCGCAGAUGGAAGGGAUGACAGAGCUUUGAAAACCAAAUACACCCCGUAUCUGCGCAUUCGCCUGGCAUUCGAGCGGCUGGGCGGUGGAGAGAAGCAUCCGCUGGCAAAAUCGGUGCUCUUCGAAGUGACGACUAGGAAUCGGUCUCUUCCGUGGGGCUACAUUGUCAGGGCUGCACCUGCCAAGGAGAAUGGUCUGGCCACAGCAAAUGGAAAAGCCAAACGGGGAGAGGAGGCCAAGGUCAUCUGGGGAAGAGAGAUAACCCCGCUGCUCCAUCCCGACCUCGCAAAGGACUGGAUCGACUUCUGCAACGACAAUCAUACUACAGGGCCCUGUGCCGUCAAGGAUCGGACCUUGGUAAAGGGAUUGAGGCUGAUUGACUGCGAAGAGAAUAAAGUCGUUCUUGCGGAGAAUAAUGUGGAUUAUGUUACGCUCAGCUAUGUAAUGGGGACCUAUCGCGAGGAUGACGAUGAUAACGGCAAUGAUGACCACCUGCCACGCAGACUUCCAAAGGUCGUUGCCGAUGCCAUUUCCACCACCAAGGCCCUCGGGUACCGCUAUCUAUGGGUGGAUCGAUACUGUAUCCCAAGAAGGGGAGACGCACAGGGGGCGCCCGAACGCCAGCGACAGCUCGAUCUCAUGGGCCAGAUAUACGGCCAUUCGGCACUAACUCUCGUUGUUGCCGCGGGAGAAGGGGUUCGCGAUGGCAUUGCCGGAAUCAGCGCGCCACGCGAAGAGCAGCUUUCGAUCCAGACCGAGACCGACCUUUUUACUACUUCUCUUCUUCGCCCGGACCUCGAGGUGGCUUCAUCGAAAUGGGCGUCUCGCGCAUGGACUUACCAGGAGGGUCUUUUGUCGCGACGACGGCUCAUCUUUACGCCCUCACAGGUCUAUUUCCAAUGUCAGGCAUUACACUGUCACGAAAGCCUCUCUCUUCCACUAAAAUAUGCACCGGGCCUGAACUUUGGUCGCGUCUUUCCCUCUUCUAUCGACGACGUUCUUCAGCCUAACAAGAUCAAAAAUCAUAUCAAGGCCUACCUCGCCAAGAGCAUCAGCAACACCGACGACCGCCUGGACGCCUUCAGGGGCCUGCUCCACGAAUAUUCUGCGAGAGACAAGCUGCCAGUAGAGAACUUCCUCGGCCUACCGCUAUUUCACCCGGACGACUUCACCAAACACAAGGUCGUCAGCCAAACGGACCGCCUCGCCAUCGCCCUUGGCUGGAUGCCCAGCCGCCCGCUCCCUUCCUCCUCCAUAUCUUCCUCCUCCGCCACCUCAUCCCAUGACGACCUCAUCUAUAGCCCCGCCAUCGACCCUUACUCCCUCAUCGAUACCCCCAACCCGUUCCCCUCAUGGUCUUGGCUCGCAUGGCGCCUCAACCAGACGACAAAAAGCUACAACGCCCCCGGCCACUCAUUCAAUUUCAACCUUGUGGACGACGCUUCCCCGCUGCUUGACCGUGUAUCUGCGCCGCCGGGUAUGGAAAUCUCCAUCGGCUUCAGCGACGGCAUGGUCCUCUCAUGGGAGAUUGACGGCGACGCCAUCGCCCGUAAGGCCGACAAGAUCGAGAUGCUCCGCCUCAAGACCUUCUGCUUCGACCUCACCGUCAAGAAAGCCGCCGCCGGCCUGGGUGCGAAAUACGGCUUCUCUCUUGCCGAGCCCGUGGCCUCCACGUUGGGCAAAUCUGCCACCGACUCCAUUGAGGCCUGGAUCCGGCGUUCGUCCGUCACUGUCUUGUCUGCCUCUGCGGACGACGUGCCGGCUGGCCAGGAGUACUCGCUCAUCGGGGUGCUCGUGUCCGGGCGGCAUUGGAAGCCUGAGAGCGCAGCGCAGCAGCCCCAUGGCCAUCAUCAUCGCUCGGGGGCUCCGAAGGCGGCGGGUCCCGCCUCUACAGCGAUGGCUACGGUUUUAAUAUGCAGGCGCGCAAACUGGGAUCCUGAAAGCCGCUUGGUUCGUCUUGGAGUGCUGAACGUAGCGUAUGACGGCCUGGUGCCUGCAGCAGACGAGGCUGAUGCGUCGAUUAUGAAGGGGAUUGACGCGAGGAUCAGUGAGGAAAAGAAGGAUUUAAAGGUGAAGCUGCGAGAGUUGGACAUCUACUGA